AUGGCAGUCAGUCAGUCAGUGGUUGCCCGCACCAAUGCGGAGAAGCCUCAUGGAAUCAAAGGAUUUGUUUCCAAUCCCUAUGUGUUCUUCACAUGUCUGUUCGCCUCGCUGGGCUGCAUCAUGUAUGGAUACGACCAGGGUGUGAUGAGUCCUGUUCUCGUCAUGGAGAACUUCGAGAACCACUUCCCCACGUUUCAGAAUUCCACUCUCCAGGGUUGGCUUGUUUCGGCCCUUGAGCUGGGUGCCUGGGCUGGUGCUCUGAUCAACGGUGUCUUGGCUGAUCGCAUCUCGCGCAAGUAUGCCAUGAUGACUGCCGUUAUCAUCUUUACCUUGGGCACUGGUCUCCAAGCCGGAGCCCAGACACCUGCAUACUUCUUUGCUGGCCGUAUCAUUGGUGGUGUCGGCAUCGGUAUGUUCAGUAUGGUUAUUCCACUGUAUCAAGCAGAAAUCGCUCCGCCAGAGCUGCGUGGAUCCCUCGUUUCUCUGCAGCAACUGUCCAUCACUGUCGGAACAGCCAUUGCUUUCUGGCUCGACUAUGGUAUGCAGUUCAUUGGUGGAGUCAACUGCAACCCAGAGGGUAUCUCCAACGCAUACCUGGCGGAUGGAACAUUCAACGCCGCUCAAAAUCACGGCCACACGUGUCUGGGUCAGAAGACUAUCGCAUGGAGACUUCCCUUGGCUUUGCAGAUCAUCCCAGCCUGGAUUUUGUUCUUCGGUCUCUUUUUCUUCCCCUUCUCCCCACGUUGGUUGAUGAUGAAGCACCGUGACGAUGAGGCCAAGGCUGUCAUUUCCAAGCUCCGUCGUCUGCCUGAGAAUGAUCCUCUUGUCCGGGCAGAGUACCUGGAGAUCAAGGCCGCCGUCAUGUUUGAUGAAGAAACUGAACGUGAAGUUGUUGGUGCGGGCGGUGCGCUUGCUCCCUGGAAAGCUCUCUUUGCUCCCAACAUGAUCAAGCGUUUGACUCUGGGAUGUGGUAUGAUGAUCUUCCAACAGUUCACUGGUAUCAACGCGGUGCUUUACUACGCCCCACAAAUCUUCUCUUCGUUCGGUUUCUCCUCCACGAAGCAAACCCUCCUCGCCACAGGUGUGACCGGAAUUCUGCAGAUCAUCUUCACACUCCCUUCGGUGCUAUAUCUUGACAAGUUCGGGCGCAAGACCUUCCUCAUGGUUGGUGCUGCUGGAAUGUUCCUCUGUCAUAUUGUGGUGGCCAUCGUUGAGGGCAUAUACGAGGACCAGUGGAAUCUCAAUGAAGGAUUGGCCAAGCCCCAGGGCUGGGUUGCUAUUGCUUUCAUCUGGCUCUUUGCUGUCAACUUUGCCUACUCUUGGGGUCCUGUUACUUGGGUGUUGGCUCAAGAGAUCUUCCCCAACAGUCAGCGCUCCCGCGGUGUGUCGAUCGUUGCCUCUACCAACUGGAUGUUCAACUUUGUCAUUGGACUUACCACCAAGGAUAUGCUCGACUCCAUGAAGUAUGGUACUUACAUCUUCUUCGCUAUUUUCAGCGCCAUGGGAGGCUUCUUUAUUUGGAAGUUCGCCCCCGAGACCAAAGAUAAAACACUUGAAGAAUUGGAUAUUUUCUUCGGUGGCUCGGCCAACAGCAUUGCCGAAGCUGACCGUCUCCGUAUGACCCGCAUUAACGAGAGCCUUGGUCUUGCUGGGGUUGAGAACUUGGAGGAUCUCAAGGCCGAGAAGCAAGUGAUGACUGAUCACGUCGAGGUCGAUUCGAAGGCGGCUUGA